AUGGGCUUUGGGGUUCUGUCUAUAUCCUAUCCGGUUGAAACUGACCCUCCGAUAAUGCCAUCUUCGGUGAAAUACCGAGUCUCCGAUUGGGGCCAACAAGCUGCGAUCAUCACAAAAAAGAUCAUAGACCAAUACUCGCUGGCUAGUCGAGCGGUAGUUCUUAUCGCCUGGAGCAUGGGUGGGAGAAUGGUUGUGCCGUUCACUUCUUCAGCCAAGGAACUUGGUUUGGACGUUCGACAGUUUAUCAGCUUUGCGGCCACACCAGGAAUUUCCAUCACUCAACAAUCAGGGCCGUUGUCUACCACCACAGGCUACCUCCAUCCAUCAAAUCAUAUACAAGGCUUCUGUAAGCAGUUGCAAGAAGUGGAUGAGGUUAAUGGCUUUAGCACUAUACCUCGAGAAAUAUACAUCCGAGAGUACACCGGAGGCACGCCUAUCAAUCUGCCCGGCUUAAGACUCAAGUACAACGGACAAAAUGCUUUCGUAAUAGAUGAAGUUACUCAUGAAGAGGACUCCCGUGUUUUUGAUGUGGCAAACCUACCACUGAUAUCUGCCAUCUACCCGACAGAUAUCCUUGACGCUCGUCAUGCCCUCACCGAUCGUGCAACAUGGGGCUUUAUAUUGACGCUAAAGCUACAGAACCUAAUCGGAAAGCGGGCACUUUUGAAUGUAGAGAGUAAGGGUAAAUGGCCUCAAUUGAUGGACCUUGUACAUUCGGCACCAGAAAGGCUAUCGGUACCCAUCACAGGGAACCACUUUUUCUUUAUCAGCGAGAGAGGUGCCCGAGAAACUGCGAAUAAGGUAGUUCAUCUUUUGAUGGAAGGUUCCAUGCUGCAAAAUGAAUUAUCUGUAUUGCUAGACUAG